AUGGAAGAUACACCAUUAGCUUCGUUGUCUCUGACUCAUGUUCAUUACAACCCCAAUGACCAACUGUCCUAUGCCUCAGCAUGGAUGGCAUUGGUCCCACAGGCACUAUGUGUCUCUUAUGCAACAUUGAUCUGGUCAACAAGAGAAGUAGAAGUGAUCAUGAUGUUUGUGGGACAAAUGGGGAGUGAAGUCUUGAAUUUGGUCUUGAAACGCGUCAUCAAGGAAGAGCGACCGAAAGAGAUGUUCGGCAAGGGGUACGGCAUGCCUUCUUCCCACGCUCAGUUCAUGACCUUCUUCUCCGUGUACCUCACGUUCUUCCUCCUCUUCCGUCACAGCCAAGCCUCCGCUAGCUCUUACCCCAAUGUCGCCGUCCUCCUACGAGUCCUGGUUAUGCUGGCUCUUUGCAUUGGAGCCGCCGCCGUCGCCGCUAGCCGCAUCUACCUCAACUACCAUACCCCGAAACAAGUCCUCGCCGGCUGUGCUGCUGGGUUCGUAUGCGCCUGUGGGUGGUUCAUGAUCACUAGCCUGCUCCGACGGUCUAAGUGGAUCGAAUGGACCCUGGACACGACUAUCUCCCGGCUGAUCAGAGUCCGGGAUCUCGUCGUUAGUGAGGACUUGGCUGAGGCCGGCUGGCAACGUUGGGAGUCCCAGCGGUUGAAGCGUCGCGGUCUCAGUAAUGGAAAGAAAUCGGAAUAG